CCGUGCGCGUCGCGCUUCCUCCGCCCCAGCUUCCGCGUCCUCGCCCCGGUAGCCGGACCCCGAGCGGGUGCCAGAGUCUUACCCGGUUUCGGAGCUGGAGUCGGACCGGAGGGGUCGGAGUUAGACCAGGACCCUGGGCUGAAGCGGCGGGCACUGACUCCCUGCGAGAUGGACGGGACAGAAGGCAAUGCUGGGCAACCGGGCCCCGCUGAGCGGUCCCAUCGAAGCAGCGUGUCCUCCGUGGGAGCCCGAGCAGCUGACGUGCUGGUGUACCUGGCAGAUGACACAGUGGUGCCCCUGGCCGUGGAGAACCUGCCCUCACUUAAUGCCCACGAGCUGCACCGGGCUGUCCGUGAGGUCCUACAGCUCCCAGACAUCGCCCUGGAUGUCUUUGCACUCUGGCUUGUCUCCCCUCUGCUGGAGGUGCAGCUGAAGCCCAAGCACCAGCCCUACAAGCUGGGCCGCCAGUGGCCGGAACUGCUGCUGCGUUUUACCGACGCCCCCGAUGACGAUGUGGCCAUGGAUGAGCCUUCCCUGCAGUUCCGAAGGAACGUGUUUUUCCCAAAGCGGCGGGAGCUCCAGAUCCACGACGAGGAGGUCCUGCGGCUGCUCUAUGAGGAGGCCAAAGGCAACGUGCUGGCCGCACGGUACCCAUGUGACGUGGAGGACUGCGAGGCCCUGGGCGCCCUGGUGUGCCGUGUGCAGCUCGGGCCCUACCAGCCUGGCCAGCCCACUGCCUGUGCCGUGAGGGAGAAGCUGGACUCCUUCCUCCCCGCCCACCUCUGCAAGCGGGGCCACGGGCUCUUUGCUGCCCUCCGGGGCCGCGGGGCCAAGGCGGGGCCGGGGGAGCAGGGCCUGCUGAACGCCUACUGCAAGGUGAAGGAAGCGGCUGGCGGUGACAGCGGGCGCGGGGCCUCCCUCAGCACCCACUACCGUGCCUACCUCCUCAAGAGCCACGAACUGCCCUUUUACGGGUGUGCCUUCUUCCAUGGUGAGGUUGACAAGCCGGCCCAGGGCUUUUUGCACCGGGGCGGGCGAAAGCCGGUGGUGGUGGCCAUCAGUCUGGAGGGCGUGCAUGUCAUCGACAGCAGGGAGAAGCACGUCCUGCUGGGCCUGCGUUUCCAGGAGCUGUCGUGGGACCACACCUCUCCCGAGGAGGAGGAGUCUGUCCUGUGGCUAGAGUUCGAUGGGGACCACGAGGGCACCCCGGUCAACAGGUUGCUCAAGAUCUACUCCAAGCAGGCUGAGCUGAUGAGCGGCCUCAUCGAGUACUGCAUUGAGCUGAACCAGACUUCAGAGCUCGCCGCCCCCCAGGAGACUGUGUCCGGCCCGCCCUCGGCCACCAGCUCCCUGCCAUCUUCUGCUCAGCGCCCGCAGCUGCAGAGGCAGGGCAGCGUGGUGUGCAGCCGCCUCCAGCAUCUCUCCACCAUCGACUACGUGGAGGAAGGUCAGCAGAUCAAGCGGGUGAAACCGAAGCGCACCACGUCCUUCUUCAGCCGGCAGCUGUCCGUGGGCCAGGGGAGCUACACCGUGGUGCAGCCCGCUGACAGCCUGGAGCAGGGCUGAGGGCAGCGGCGCCAGGCGGGGGGGUGGCACCCGGAGGCCCCCUGGGGCCUGGCCGAGGGCCCUUCUCCCCGAGGGGCGGGACCAGGCUGCGGCUCUGGCGUCGGGCAAGAGGGCCACCUCGAGCGGGAGGAAGUGGCUUCUGUGCCUGGGAUGGGACGCGGGCUGCGCGGAGCUGGCCGGGGGCUCCUGCAGGGUCUUUUUUGGACUUCCCCUGGACUCGGCCCCAAUUCCGUCUCAGGAGCAUCUGAGGAGGCUCUGGCCGCCUCCCCCCAGCUAGGGACUUGUCUUCGUGCCCCUCUCGAGAUGGACAGUGUCCCCUGCUCUGAAGUCCUCAGUGGCGGCUCUGAUGGCAGGUGGCCGAUGAAUAGGGUUCGGGACCUGUAGAUCCAGUGUGUGUCUUUGGUCUCUUCCCUGGACUUUGGUGACCACAUCCCUGCAUUCCUUCUGCCGCACCCCCCCCACCCCCCCACCCCCCCGCCCCGCAACCUGCUGCCAGUCUGGGCAUGGCUCUUUGGGCGGGAAGGGGCCCUCGUGCAUUGAACCACAGGAGGAACAGAGAAGGCCAGGCCCCUCACCCAUACCCUCCCUUGCCGGAUGAAACUAGAGGGAGCCAGGCAGGGCCUGGCUCAGGGGGCAUUCUGUGCCCCUCACUCAGGCCCCUUGUGCCAGGACACCCUCUGACCGGAAGGAAAAUGCCUUUUUGCCAGCCUUUGGUGACAACGCUGUGCUGGGAGGUGGCCGUCCUGUGACCAACACGCCGCCAGACCCACACUUCACACUUGGACAGGCUCCCAACCACCCUGGGCUUCAGGGUUUGGUUUUGCUCCUUUUUCAUCUGCUUUAGUUCUGCGAAGCCUGUGACCUCUGGGGGCAACUUGAGAGAGUGCUCCCGCCAGCCUCAGAGCUACUGGCUUUCCUUCAAGACGGCGCCAUGGUGUCCAUCCGCGUGACCCUUUGGGGUGGCCUGUGCGCGAGGAUGUCCCGUGCGAGCUGGUCUCAUCUUUGCAGGGACAUUGUAGGGAGGCUGGAUGCGGCACUGGGUGUGGCUUUUCCCCUGCCUCACGUUCCUGUCUUCUCCCAGAGGAGCCAGGCUAGCAGAGGGCCUUCCCAGCCCCUCGGCUCCUCCGUGGUGGCUCCAUGGCUCUCACGGCGCUUGCUGGGACUUCCCGCGGGGAAGAGGCAGGCCCAGCGGAGCACUGGGCUCGGCCUUGUUCUCCCCUCCCCUGGAGAGCCUGGGCAGAGGAAACGUGAACUUGGCUCCAGGGGUGGAGCCCACUCACUUCCUCUUCCUUUUGGUGACUUUUGCACACUCCAGAUGUUCUGAGGGGGGCUUGCCUCCGGCAGUAGGGACUUGUGUCGCUUGUUAUAAUAAAUAGGUAUCCGAGCCUUCUGGAAUGUCCCAGCCAGAGAACAUCUUAUCUCCCCUCCUGGAAUCACUGGACCUGAGUGGCUGCCCGGCAGCCCGGCACGCAGCCAUCUGGUUAUCUCUUCCCACUCGCUGUUUUGACCCAGGUGAAUGUUUAUCUGCUGGUUUGGCUGCGAGGGGCGGGUGUGGACCCAUUACUUGUUUUUACUGUUCGGCCUCUCUGCUGUUCUCUGAGCAUCCCUUGUGACGUGACCUUUUCUGCCUGGCCUUUGGGACAAAGCAGUAUUUCACCAAGUGCCCUUUGAAUAUUCUCAUUCUUUUGUAUCAUGUGACUUAUUAAUAAUAAAUGAAUUUCCAGCAAACUCUGGGUGGUUCACGUUAUGAAACAACAGGAGUGUGUUAAGUACAGCCUGCGAGUUGAUUAUAGGCUGCAUGUUUGCUUUUUAUUAAAUACGUGUCAAGGUAUGCAGCUCUCUGGGCUGCAGAGUGGAAUUCGAUGGAGAACCCAGAGUGAGGUUUUCCAGUGUCGGUGGCUGGCCAGGGACUCCCAGGGUAAGAAGGUCCAGGAGGGGUUUGGUGGUUCAUGGUGGGAGCCAAGGGGGUAGGUCUGCAGGGAGGCAGGGGAACGAAGCACCGAUGGUGAGCAGGCCUUUGUCCCCUGUCCCUCAUGGCCUAAGCCAUAGUGCCAUGGCCUGUCAGACCCCUGCCCUCCCGCUCCUCUUCACACCUCGGGGUUGGGGCUGAGGGCACGGUCUGGACACCAGUGCCUAGCCGAGAGGCCAGAGAACCCAGGAGGUUUUUGGGGUGAUUUUUGUGCCCACCCCGAGGAUGCCUCGUGCCCCAGGCCUCGCCAGGAAGUGGUUUGUUUGCCAUAGAUCCUGUCGUGGGCGCCCACGGGCUUUGGCCCUGGAGGGUGAGCACCGUGUGGGGUUUGGAGUUCACACCAGAGCGGGUUGGGAGCCAGAAGGAGCAAGUCACGUGUCUCUGUGGCCGUGAGGUCCUGGGACUAGGGCCCCCCCCCCAUCCUGCCUUCCUCCGUGAGGUCCGCCAUCUGGCAAGGGCAGCACGAUGCACGAUUGUGGGCACUUCCGGGAGCCUCCACUCCCUGCCCUUUAAGAAGGCCAUCAUAAUAGUACCCGUCUCAGAGGGUUGUUGGGGUGCCUGAGGGUCUGGCGAUGACUAGGCACUUGAUGGGUGUUAGCUAUUUUCGUCUCUACAAGUCACAUGUCUGGACACCGGCAGGGAGAACAGGAUCCACCCGAGAGGCCAGGGCCUGCCGACAGCGCGGACACCCCCACUCGUGGGCGAGGGGGUACCAACGGCCUGGAGCCUGGCCCGCCUGGAGCCCCUUCCUCUUUCCCGGGCCCGUCAGCCCUCGCCACCUGUAUUCGUUUCCUGCGGCCGCUGUGACAAAUGGGCAUAACCUUAGUAGCUGAAAACCACACACAUUCAUCACCUCACAGUUCUGUAGCCCGAAGUCCGAAAUGAGUCUCACUGGACUAAGGUCAAGGUAUCGACAGGGCCUCAUUGCUUCUGGGGCUUCUAGGGG